AUGCAGCAGGCGGCACAUUUCUUUUUUAGUCGUGACCGAAAGAGCCAGCAGGGUGAAGAAUCCUUAUAUGCACACACAGGUUGGGCAGGGUGUGAGGACUGCAGCAAAAGCCUUAUAGGAGAAUGCAAACUCCAUGGACCACUCAUCAGGGUUAAAGACAGGGUUAUUCCCAGUCGAGCCCACCUUACCCUACCUCACUACCUCACUUUGCGAGUGCUGGAGCUGCGAGCUGGGAACCAACAGAUCCUUGGAGUGUUUGCUAAGAAAGUUAUACAGAAGAGAACACAAUUUGGUCCUUAUGUUGGGAAACUAUCUACAAAACUUACCCACUAUGAUGACAACAGGCUAGUUCUACAGGUAUUGAAGGACGGCAGAAAGUACUUUCUGGAUGCUCCCAAUGAAGACUGUGGUAACUGGAUGAUGUUUGUCCGACGGGCCCGGAACCAGGAAGAACAGACCCUUGUAGCCUAUCAGUACGCUGGAGAAGUCUACUUCACAACUGUUAAGCCAAUUGAACCCCACACAGAAUUAAAAGUGUGGUAUGCUGCAGAUUACGCCAAGUUUAUGGAAGCUUCUGCAGUUGUCAUCAAAGAAGAAUCUGAUAUCUGUGCUUUAUCACCAGUUUUAACAACAAGAGAGUGUGCCGACGCCUGGAUAUGCUCCAAUUGUAGUAACGUUUUUGGGACUUUAGCUCUGCUGGAAUCUCACCAAUGCAUCAGUAAAGACAAAGCACUUCUCACCAGCUUCAGACCAGCAAAUAAAUUAGAACCUCUAAAAGCAAAGGGCAAAACCAAAGGCAAACUGAGUGAAACUGGCCUGGGCGCAAGCAUUGUCCAGUGCUAUGGGGCCAUUUCCUGUUCCCCUAGUGCAAAGUCUACCUGUGCCAGCUCAGGAAGUGUUUGCGGUUCCAUUGUGAGAUUUGUGCCUACAUGGAGAAAUGGUCAGUCUUCACUACUAAAGGAAAGAGAAGCGAAGCAGCCAGACAGUUAUCGCUGCCGCCUCUGCGGGAAGAUAUUUGUUUCUGUUGAAAAGCUCACAGCCCACACUUAUGCCCACACAGGAGAGCGUCCCUACAGGUGUUCCCAGCAGGGAUGCACGAAAGCUUUCAUUUCCAAAUACAAACUGAUAAGGUACAUCUCCUGAAGGG